AUGCGAUCAGCAGUGAUAUAUCGUGUUCUGUCAAGGACUCUACAGAGGCAUAUGUCAACAGCUGCUGCUUGUUCUGGAAUGAGGAUGUCUCAUCCAGUUUUGAUAACUCGACAGAUGUCAUCCAGUCGGCCACUGAAAAACGAGUUAAUUGAUGCUUUAACGAAUGAAAUCACGGCUGAGAAACAGCUGGAGAAGGAGAAUCUUCGCGGUGCACAAGCUCCGAAAAUCUCAGGUUUCGAAAUUACAACUGAUGGCGCUAACGUAAAGUUGGCAAAGCUUCAUGGCAAAGAAAAGAUUAACGUUUACUUCAAUGUUAAUCACUCAGUGGAUAUGGAAAGCGAAGAAGAUGAGGAUGAAGGAGUUCCACUCGCCUUGCCUUCACUUACGAUAGAAAUUAUCAAAGCACAACAACGAUUAUGCUUUUAUCUCGACUUAUGCGAGAACGAAGAUGCAACGGAAGCAAACGAACGAUUUGAUUUCCGUGUGGCAGAAUUUUACAUUGCUCCAGCAUCCAAGGGAACUGAAGAUGAAGAUGUACCCGAAUCAGUUUACUCAUCAUCCGGCAAAUAUAUUGACCCAACUCUUCAUGAUCUUUUGUUCAAUCAUUAUUUGGCGGAACGUGGCUUCGAUCAGAAAUUUUGUCGUGAAGUGGUGGAUUUUGCUACACACUAUGAGCACUCGCAAUAUGUUAAACUAUUGACGGAUAUUCAAUCAUUUGUUUCAGAAUGA